AUGACUGAUGAUGGAGACUCUCGCAUGGAGAUGGAAGAGACCGAUGACCUUUCUUCGGAGCACAUCGAGCAGGUGAUUGAUUGCAGUGACCUUCCAGCACCAGCUGAUGGACAAUAUGGUAGCGAUGAUGAGGAUCAGCAAAGCACCUCUAAUUUUUCCGAUGCUGGUGUGCAUACUGUUGUUGACGAUUCAUCGUGCGCUUUGCAAGCCCAUGCUCAGGAUUGCUUUAGCAUUGCGGUUGUAGCAGAGCGAUGGUUAGCCUCUGGUGGAGAAGAUGAUGUUGCUUUCCUUUGGGAUCAACAAGUGUCCGACUCGGAUCCAGUGACGAAGAUUGAACAUGACGAUUCGGUGACGCAUGUUGCGUUCAACAAUUCGCAAACACUGCUUGCCACUGCUGAUAUGUCGGGAAAAAUCAUCAUUACGCAGUUAUCUGACCUCUCCACCCGUGCCAAGCUCAGUGACUGUAAUGAUAUGGAAUGGACUUGUUGGCAUAAUACAAGUGAUAUCCUUUUCGCUGGUGAUAAGGACGGUAUAGUGUGGAUGUGGCUGAUCGGGCCUUCAGGCGUCGCCCAGUCCAAAGUGUACAGCGGGAAUGGGUCGUCGUGCACAUAUGGUCAACUGCUUCCAGAUGGAAAACGCUUGCUGGCUGGCUACGCUGAUGGUGCAGUAAGUCAGUUACAGCUCUUUUUAUAA